GAGAGCUGCUGAAAGUGCCUCACAUAAAGUUAGAGUUGGUAGUUUGGAGAACUUUUCAUCGUACUACCUCUCAGAAAUAAUUGUCUAUUUUGACCAUUCUCGUUUUGAUCUUUAUAUUUUUGUUGAACUCUGGGGUCGAUUAGAGGGCAGCUAGAGUGCGGAAUGGCUGAACUGGUGCGAAUCCGAAAGAAAAAGCUGCAGAUACCUAUCUCUAGUCUUAGGAGUAUGCUGAAACAGCUGGACGAGAAGGAAGUUGAUUUUGAGGAACUAAAAAAGAAUUUGAACUUUACUGCUUCGUUACUGGAGGCCGUUUACCUCGAUGGAACAAGGCAGUGUCUGGAGUCUGAAGAUGACCUCCAGCAGCUACAGUCGGACGGCGUGCCAUCAGAGGUCACUGAUUGGCUGGCGUCCACCUUCACUCAGAGGAUUCGACGGCCCGUUAGACGCUCGGAUGAGAAACCCAAGUUUCGCAGCAUUGUGCAUGCGGUGCAAGCUGGGAUAUUUGUGGAGAGGAUGUUCAGGAGGGCUUACACCGCGGCCAUGCCAGACCAACCAGCAGAGGUCGUAAACUGCUUGAGGGAUGUUGAUCGCUGGAACUUUGAUGUGUUUGCUCUGAACUCGGCCAGCUCUGAUCACGCACUACGGACUCUGGUCUUUGAGCUGAUCACCAGAUACGAACUUAACAGUCGUUUUAAGAUCCCUAUCUCGUGCAUGACAGAAUUCCUGUCUGCGCUGGAGAGAGGUUACUGCAAACACAACAAUCCCUACCACAACCACAUCCAUGCCGCCGAUGUGACUCAGACUCUGCACUGCUUGCUGCUGCGCUCCGGACUCGUGAACUGGCUGACAGAGCUGGAGGUCAUGGCGUCACUCUUUGCUGCAGCUAUUCACGACUUUGAACACACAGGAACCACAAACAACUUCCACAUCCAUACAAAGUCAGAGUUUGCGUUGAUCUAUAAUGAUCGAUCUGUUCAAGAAAGUCAUCAUGUGAGUGCAGCGUUUCGCCUGCUGCAGGAAGACCAAAUGAACAUCUUCAUGAACUUAACACGGGAGGAAUGGAUGGAGCUGCGAUCCCUCGUCAUAGAGAUGGUGCUGUCCACUGACAUGUCCUCCCACCUACUCCAGGUCAAAUGCAUGAAAGCCUUUCUACAGCAGCAGGAACGGAUUGAUAAGCCCAAAGCGCUGUCUCUGCUACUGCACACGGCAGACAUUAGCCAUCCAUCCAAGCCCUGGGCGCUGCACUCUCGCUGGACUAAAUCCUUAAUGGAGGAGUUUUUCAGGCAGGGCGAUAGAGAGGCAGAACUCGGCCUUCCCUUCUCUCCUCUGUGUGAUCGAAACAGCACUCUGAUAGCUGAAUCCCAGAUUGGCUUCAUAGACUUCAUUGUGUAUCCCACAUUCUCUCUGCUGACAGAGAUGGCAGAAAAAAUUGUUAUUCCUUUGGUGGAGGAGAACCCCGGUCCUUUAGAUCCCUGCAAUAGACACAGUAAUGUUUGGAAGGAGAGCUCCAGAGGUCUGCAGUGGAGUGUGGCACACAUCACAGCUGAACUGGUGAGUUUCCGCUCCACUUGGACUCGACACACUGAAGACAACAAGAUCAAAUGGAAAGAGAACGGAUCGAAUGGAUUUUCUGACUCCAGUGUUGCAAAAGAACAGAGACCCAGACAAGAGAAGCUGCCUGAGAAAUCCACGCAAGACUCCACUGGAGAUACACAACAUUAGACGAAACUGCAAAUAUCCACUUUUUUUUUUUUACUUUUUAUAAAAAGAAUAUCACAAAUCUUUUUGUUACGACAAUAUUUGUAGCGGGAAAUAAUGAUGGGGACUAAAUGUUAAGAUCAUCUUCCAAAGGUAAGAUGCUGUGCAAUAAGGGGAAAAAAUGUCCUUUUGUCUUAUUUUAAAACUAGUAAACAGUUAUUUAAAUAGAAACUGUACAUGCUGGUCAUGUUGUAUAAUAGAGCUCAUCAUGGUAUUAAUUUAAGUUGCCACAUAAACACAGGAACAUUGUUUCUAGUUGUAGUUUCAACUACACACAAAUAUUUAAACAUGCGUUAUUAAACUUUAAAAAUGGGCAAAUUUGGGACUCUUGUGGUUUGUUUUUAGAGCUGUGACCCUCCCUUUCUUUGUCUCCAUCUGACCACAUUUCUCAAGUUUGAAUGACAUUGUGAGAUUAGUGCUGUAGAUCCAUGUGGGGUGGAUCAGCGAGUCGAUGUCUGGGCGUACAGCUUUAUGUCUUUCAUGUAGAGGAGGUGGCUGACUGUGGUUCCAGUCUUGAGUCGGUAUCCAUAGCCAGUCUGAUUAUUUGGCUGAGGGGGUUCAGACCUAUGCAGAACAGCAGUGGGGACAGGGUAUCUCCUUGGUAUGUGCCACAUUGGAUGGAGACUUGGGCAAUUGGUUUGCAAUUGGCCUCAAGGGUGGUUUUCCACAGUCCCAUUGACUUUGCAAUGAAGGCUCUCAGAGUCCUGUUGCUGUUGUACAGCUCCAAGCAUUCAUCCAUGAGUCCAGCAUUGAGUCAUAGGCUUUCUUGUAAACAAUCCAGGCCAUGCACAGGUUUGUGUGUCUGGCAUUGCAGUCUUGGGUGACUGUUCAGUCUCCAAAUAUGCUUGACUUCUCAAAUGUUCCAAGACAUGGUUGUUUUUGUUUGAUUUAGAAUAAAAUGUGCAUUUCAUCA